AUGGCUAUGGGACAGCUUUCUGACGCUGGGCAUCUCCACCCCUUCUUAAGAUUUGAAGAGAUGCCAACAAACAACUAUGUGGAGAGAGCAGCUUCUGGAAUUUCGAUGCACUGUUCCAGCCUCAGCAUCACCCUGCUCUUCCUUCGACGACAAGAAGAUUAUGUUGAGAGGGUGAAGCAAGUUCAUGAGUCGGGUGGAUAUGGAUCGAGAGGGUAUAACUAUGAAUGGAAAAGAGAGGAAGCAAACAAAAAUCUUCUCCGAACCCACACAACCGCGGUCUCAGCUAGGAUGCUUUACUCACUCGCAGAGGGGCCUUCCAAUUCUCAAUCCCUUCAAUUCUCUAAAAACGACGCUGUUGACCGAACCCAUCUCGCAGAGUUCCAUCAGACUGAAGGUUUGAUAUGUGAUAGUGGUCUUGCAAUGGAUGAUCUCAUGAGUGUAUUACAGGACUUCUUCUCACGCUUAGGGAUGUCCGAGCUGAAAUUCAAGCAUGCCUACAACCCCUACACCGAACCAAGCAUGGAGAUUUUCAGCUACCAUAAAGGACUAAGGAAAUGGGUAGAGAUUCUGGCGUGUUCAGACCCGAAAUGCUGCGAACAGUGGGUUUCCCAAAGGAUACCGACAAUGAUCUUAUACGGCAUUGACAACAUCCGCGAUCUGUUUGGACACAAGGUCGAUCUUGAUCUCAUUAAACGAAAUCCGAUCUGUCGUAUUGGAAUCGAGUGA